CACCAGAGCUGGCGGGUUUGAAUCCAGCCUGGGCCUGCCAAACAACAAUGACAACUACAACCAAAAAAUAGCUGGGCGUUGUGGUGGGUGCCUGUAGUCCCAUCUACUUGGCACCAUGACGAAGGGAACGUCAUCAUUUGGAAAGCAUCGGAAUAAGACGCAUACGUUGUGCCGCCGCUGUGGCUCUAAGGCCUACCACCUACAAAAGUCCACCUAUGGCAAAUGUGGCUAUCUCGCUAAGCGCAAGAGAAAGUAUAACUGGAGGGCCAAGGCUAAAAGAAGAAAUACCACUGGGACUGGUCGGAUGAGGCACCUAAAAAUUGUGUACAGCAGAUUCAGGCAUGGAUUCUGUGAAGGAACGACGCCUAAACCCAAGAGGGCAGCUGUUGCAGCAUCCAGUUCAUCUUAAGAAUUUCAACAAUUAGUCAUGCAAUAAAUGUUUUGGUUUUUAAAAAUCCAAAAAAAAAAAAAAAAUCUGAGAUUACUGGAGCCACAUCAUUACUGUAGGUCUAGAGGAUACUUAAUGAUUUAUGGAUAUCUGCAAAGGCUUUUUAGAACUAGAGAAAAGUUGAAGAACAUCAAAUACCCUGCAGAACCCACAUUCCAUCUGUAAAAACAGACAAAAUUCCUUUUCUUCCUCUAGCUUUCUUUUUUUUUUUUAAUUUUUUUUUUGCAGAGUCAGAGUCUCAUUUUAUUGCCCUCGGUAGAGUGCCAUGGUGUCACACAGUUCACACAACCUCCAACUCCUUGGCUUAGGUGAUUCUCUUGCCUCAGCCACCCGAGUAGCUGGGACUACAGGUGCCAGCAACAAUGCCCGGCUAUUUUUUUUGUUGCAACUUGGCCUGGGCCAGGUUUGAACCCGCCACUCUCAGUACAUGGGGCCGGUGCCCUACCCACUGAGCCACAGGCGCCACCCCCUCUAGCUUUCUCAAUCUUCUAUUCCCACCUCACCCAAGAUGAAACCUAGAUUUCCCUCCUCUGUAAACUUCUAAAACAGAAACUUAUUCUUUCUCCAACUAUUCUCAACGUGAGAGAAAGGGUAUUUAAGCAUGGUAAUUUUUACUUCCUCUUCCAACACUGUUUUCAGUCAUCUCUCAAUAACCUUCACUUUUUUUUUUUUUUUUGUAGAGACAGAGUCUCACUGUACCGCCCUCGGGUAGAGUGCCGUGGCGUCACACGGCUCACAGCAACCUCUAACUCUUGGGCUUACGUGAUUCUCCUGCCUCAGUCUCCCGAGCAGCUGGGACUACAGGCGCCCGCCACAACGCCCAGCUAUUUUUGUUGUUGUUGCUGCAGUUUGGCCGGGGCUGGGUUUGAACCCACCACCCUCGGCAUAUGGCGCUGGUGCCCCACUCACUGAGCCACAAGCGCCACCCAACCUUCACUUUUUAAUUCUAAAAUAACUUGAGACACUCUCUCACAUAAUGGUUUAACACUUAGCUAACAAGUUUCCUUUUCAUCUCUUUGCUAGCUAUUUUGAAAAAAUCACUUCAGCAUCCACUUUGACAAAUCUUCCUACAUGCUGAUCUUGCCUUCUCAGUGGGUAGGCUGAGGCAAGAGAUCGUGUGAGCCCAAGAAUUUGAGGUUGCUGUGAGCUGUGACACCACAGCACUCUACUUAGGGUGACGAAGUGAGAUUCUGUCUCAAAAAACAAACCGGGAGGAAAAAAAAAGCUAUAAUGCAUGACAAUCUAUUUUUAGAAAUUUCACAGAUUUGAAAGAACAGAUAGGCCUAAUGUUAGGAUAUGAUUGCUGUAUUAUGAUCUGUGUGUUCUACUCCCACCAGCUGGAAUCACAGGGUAAAACCUGUUCAGAAAGUCAUUUGCUAUCUUGGAAAAACAGUUUCCUCUCCAAAACACAUGGUGUAUGCAGACCCUGCAAUCAGGGUAAGGACUACUGCUGUUUUCAAAGACCUAUUGAUGCCCCCUCAAAGUAAACUUCUAUUGCAUCUUUGCACCACCAAAUUAUACCCUCAUAAACACAGUACAGUUGACUCUUGAACAACGCAUGGGUUAGCGGCACCAAUGCCUUGUGCAAUUAAAAGUCUGUGUAGGGCGGCGCCUGUGGCUCAGUCGGUAGGGCGCCAGCCCCAUAU